AUGUGUCUGGGCCCUCCAGCUUGCCCUCGUUCUCCAAGGAACAUUAAUGUCUUCGGUACUGGAGGGCUCUGCCAGUCUAAGACUUCGGUUGACAAGAAUGCCAGCAAGGUCCCCGACUUCGAUCCUGAUCUGGUCAUUGCUCACUGCUUCAAGCAGUUCAAGCAGAAGGACUUCCACCCGCCCCAGAGCCGCCGGCGAAUCAUCAUUGUGCCUCACAAUGAAGAUCAGAUGCCUGGCAAACCCGCACCCCAACCCCAGGCUCCCCCACAGCCCACCCCCAGCUUCAAAGCCCCUGAUGCUGGUGCUAUCCAAGAGCAGCCAGAGGACAGGAAGACCUGGCUGAGCCGCAGGGCGAAGCUGCGGGAGGAGCUGGAGUCUUUCGGUGACAUCAAGAGGUGGUUGGAGAACAAGCCCAGUACCACGAUUUCGGAGGACAAGGUCUUACACAUGAUCCACAAGGAGCAGAAUGCCCAGCUGGAGGCCCACUUGACUGCUGCCAGGACCACCACGAAGAAAGCUCCCCAACUCUCGUGCCGAAUAGUGCCCCAGCUCCGGCUGCCCAAGCCCCCUGCCCUGUCGGCCAUGUACUCCUACCUGCGUAGCCGCAAGAUCAAGAUCCUGGAGAUGUUUCACAAAGUGGACCGGAGCGAGAACCAGAGAAUCACCAGAAAGGAGUUCAUUAUAGCUCUAAAGGCAGCCGGAGUCCCUCUGAAUAACCAAGAGGUGGAGGAUGUGGUGAUCUAUCUCAGCUCUCUCGGGAAGCACGGCGCCAUCACCCUGGACAUCCUGGCCAAUACCUACAAGCAGUGGUCUCUGGCUCAGCAGAGGAGCACCCUGCCCACUGCAAAGGAGUGUUGCAUCUUGGCCAAGCACAGGGCGUCCCCGCUCAAGAAGCAGGGGGUGGAUGCGGCCUUCCAGCCUCCGAAGAUGGACCUGCUGACGGUGCCUGUGGUCGACAUGCAGAUGGAGGCUCGGCCCAUGACCCUGGAGGAGAUGGAGGACGUGGGCAAGCACUACCGUGAGAGGCGGCGGAAGCACAAGCUCACCAUCCAUCCCAUCCAGUAUGCAGAGCGGUGCCGCCUGGUGCGCUGCGGGAACAAGCACUUUGAUGAGCACUGCCUCCCGUCCACCCUCCAUGGGGAGAUGAAGGAGCUUGUGAACACAGCACGCAGGGACGACUUUCUGGUCUACCUGCAGUGCUGGAAGCUCUGUGAGUGCCAUGGCCUUCCGCUGACGGAGGCCAUCCUCAUGAAAGCCCUGCUGUAUCCAGGAGACAGGAUCAUCCUCCAGAAGGACCAGGUGCGCCCGAUCCGACAGCCAGGAGGCUACUACUCUGACUGGAAGAUGCUCCCUCUGAAUCGGGCUCUUCUCAGGUCCCAGGAGCUUGGCGAGUCUGUGGCUAAGAAGACUGACAAGCUGAGUUUCAAACCCCUUUUCUCCUGUCCUUUCCUCCUGCCCCAGAAAAUGUCAAAGAAAAUGAACUUUAAGGAGUUUGAGGAAUUUACCAGGAACCUGAAGUCAAAGAGGUCCAGUGGUUGGCAGCGAACCCACCCCAAUUCCUUCUGGCCAGGUCACCUUCUGGAUAAGUUGCGGCUCUACCUGCCCACUGUGGCCACGGACCGGAGUCUGGCGCUCUUCAGUUGUGUCCAACGCAAGCCCCAUGUCUACCCUGCCACCUACCAUCCUGACCACUGGUGGCCCCUUAGAGACAAGAACUACAUGACCCAUGCCUAUUUUGAUGCUGCCAAGGUUUAUUACAUCAACUAG